CUUUAGUAUCUUUUUGAAAUUUGCACACUUUACAAGUAACUACAUCUGACAGACCUGGUAAAGGAAAAAUCGAUCCACAAUUGGGACAAAACAACGGAUCAGAAGAGAAAAUUGCUGCCUCUUGUCCAGAUUUUGAGGCCAUGUUUGUUUUGAUCUAUCAAACCGGAAGCACGUGGGACCAACACGUUCUAGUUAACCGCGAGGGACUGGGAAAGGGAAUACACAAAACAAAAACAAGAAAUUUGUAGUUACUGUUGUAUUUUAUCGUAUUUUAUUAUUUAUAUUGCUUACAAAGUUUACAUUUAUAAAGCGGUAGGCCCUGUGGAUGUUGUUGUUAGCGAAAUAAUACAAUGGAGCAAAAUUUAGUGAAGGAUUUAGAGUCAUCUUUGCAGGUCUGUCAAUUGGGGGGGGGGGGUGAUGGUGAAUGGGAUCACAUUCACUUUAUGCUACAGAUGUGUCAUCUGCCAAGGCAUCUCCAUCUGGUAGAUUCACCAUCAUGGUGCAUCAUGCCAAAAUAUUUUAUACACAGAUGUAUCAUCUGUGUAUAAGUCCCCGACUGGAAAGUUUGGAAAUUGCAUGACCGAGAUUUUAAAAAGUAAAUAUAUAGAAGGCAUCAAAAUUGCAUGCCCAAUAUCUUGGUUGCACAAUACGAACUUUCCACACUGGUAUACAACUGUGUCAUGAGCUAUGUACACAAGUCUGUGUCUGGAGUGGAACCUAACUUUCCUUGGAGAACCUGCUCGUGGCCAUAGGCAUAUUGGGAGGGGGGGGGGGAGCUGCCCCCCAAAUUGUUGGGCAGACUAGGCCAAUCAGGCAAUAUUCGCUUCAUAGCCGGGCAAUAUUGGCUUAUUAUAAAAAUAAAUAGGAGAAAUUCUCUCAAUAUUGGGGGAAAUAUUCUAUAUAAUAGUCGAAAAUGGAGGAAAAAUAUAAAAGUUAUAAUAAAGUAUAAUUCAUUUCGAAAUUUUUUUUACGUUGUAACCAAAUGUUUCCUUUGUAGGAAUUGUUUUUCAACACCCAUCACUGGCAGGGUAGUAAUACAUCUGUUGAUAAUUUUUGUUUAGGCUUGUAUAUCAACACUUUUAAGUCAAAGUCGACAUGAAGAUGAUGUCCAAAACAAAACAGGUUAUGAAAACUUGUUAUCUUAGUGGCUAAAUCCCAAAACUUUUCAAUACUAUUCUAGUACCCAGGUCUCUUCUUCUCUAACCUCAAAUGCUUGAAAUUGUUCCAGCAUCUACAAGGGUGAUCUGACUAACACAUAAUUAGCUCAUCCAGUCAGCCCUUGGAAGUUAAAUUUAUUGUAAUUUCCAAUCAAUUGUCUCUGCAGGUGUUGAUAGUUGCAUUGAGAAGUUUUUACAAUCAGCAAGGCAUUUGGAAGGAUAUUUUGCCAAGUACCAAAUGUACACUACAGUUAAUCACCCUCAAGAUGCAAUAAGAGAGGUAAUCUUAGACAUCUUAUUGGUGCAUGUGAUAAAUACAAUGUGGUACAUGCUACAUAAUUACAUACAUGCAUAUUUACAUCAGAAAAUUGUUGCCAUUAGAAUAUAUAAUUUUCAGUUUCCAAGUUGUUACAUGUAUCCAUAUAACCGUUCCAAAAUUGCAAAAAGCAAAACCACUCCAUUGGCAUUGCCCUAUGGUCGGGUAGCGAUUUCUUCAACCUUUGUAAAAAUGCCAGAAAAUUUGUUAAAUUACAGAUAUGCAUAUGGUCAUUGGACCCACAAUAAAUAUAAGAUUUUCAUUUGAGAAAGCUUGAAAAAAAUGGCUAACCGGCCCCAGGCUAUUUGACAUUCAAAAAUUACUAUAAAAGACAUUAUACUAUAUUAUUAAAAGUGUGGUCAGGCUAUUUUGUUCUUUCCGUGUGAGAAUUUCAUGUUGUUCCCGAAAAGGUCUAUUGAGAAAUCUAUAUACGGUCAUAAUAAAUAAUUUAUAUAUCUAUUAUUUCUAUAUGUGAGGCUAAUUUAAAUCACCUAAAGGCUAAUCUCACUGAUUGAGCCAGCUUUCAUAGGGCUCGUGGCACGACAUUUAGGCCUAAAUGUUAACAAUCGCAACUCUUGGUGAAAAUAUGUUAUGUUUUCACGUCGGAAUGUACGUCUGAUAAUAGGAGAGGAGUUUUCUCAUCAACCGGUUCUCCUUCAUAUUCAAUAAUUUCCGCUGGCAUAUCCAUUAUACUGUCAGUCAGUCGUCUAAAAAAGAAAAAGAAAAAAAUUAAAACACAUUUUGCGAGGAUCAGAAAUAUCAAGAGAAACCUUCACAACAUGAUAUUCUAUUCAAUACUAUACACACGCA